GGUGCGCGUUCUGCUCCUGCCUCGUCGAUCUUCUUAUGUCAGAUACUGUGUCAGGCCGUCGAGGAAACAACAAAAUGGCAGCCGCCGCGGCCCAGGCAGUCCCCGAGUUCAAACUUAUCCUCGUCGGCGAUGGGGGUGUCGGGAAAACAACUCUCGUGAAGAGACACUUGACAGGAGAGUUCGAGAAGAAGUACAUCCCCACUCUCGGUGUUGAAGUCCACCCUCUGAAGUUUCAGACCAACUUUGGCAUGAUCACCUUCAAUGUUUGGGAUACUGCCGGUCAAGAGAAGUUUGGAGGUCUCCGCGAUGGCUAUUACAUAAAGGGACAGUGUGCCAUCAUGAUGUUCGAUGUCACCGCGCGAAUCACGUACAAGAACAUUCCCAACUGGUACAGAGAUAUCACGAGGGUGUGCGAGAACAUCCCGAUUGUUCUUGUUGGUAACAAGGUUGAUGUCAAGGACCGCCAAGUGAAAGCCCGCCAGAUUCAGUUUCACAGGAAGAGGAAUCUUCAGUAUUAUGACAUCAGCGCUCGAUCCAACUACAACUUUGAAAAGCCUUUCCUGUGGCUGGCGCGGCGCCUGACAAACCAGCCAGCUCUCUCCUUUGUCGGUGAGCACGCGAAAGCUCCUGAAAUCCAGAUUGAUCCGAAUCUCGUACAGGAAGCGGAGAGAGAGCUGCAAGCUGCCGUGAGCACUGCCAUUGAUGACGAUGAUGAGGACCUGUGAAGGAACUAUUGGAUUCAGUACUGGUGUAUAUCUUCUGCCAUCUUGUAUUCAUGCCCCGACCGUGCACGAGUCUCGUGUGGUGCUAGGAUGUAUGAAAUCUAGUCUUAUUCGAGUUCUUUCAGUCUGGUUCUCUGACAGACGUGUCCUCUCUUACAAUAUACAUCAGUAUUGGUUCGUUUGUGCGGUUUUGCUGGGCCGCGAGCUACCAGUCAAAAAGGAUACUGCGCAGCCGAGUUUCGUCAACUGUCAAACUGUCACUGCAGCGACCUCCCUGUGAAAAGAGUCGUUUUCCUAAGCAAC